UCUAACUGUUACUACUACACUGGUGAAACUGUUGUGUGUAACUAGCUAGAGAAGAACCUUAGGAAACAAUGGUAGUAACUAAUGCAGCUGCGGUAGUAGACGAACGAGGCGUGCAACGUAACAAAGAAGAAGAGUAUACAGAAGAUGGUACUGUGGAUCUCAAGGGAAGGCCUGUUCUUCGGUCUAAGGGUGGGAGAUGGAAAGCUUGUUAUUUCAUUGUGGCUUAUGAAGCGUUUGAAAGGAUGUCAUUCUAUGGUAUCUCAUCAAAUUUGAUCUUAUAUUUAUCGCGAAAUCUCCACCAAGGCACGGUGAGUUCGUCGAAUAAUGUGACUAAUUGGGUUGCUACUACAUGGAUGACACCAAUUAUUGGUGCAUAUAUUGCUGAUGCUUAUUUGGGUCGGUACUGGACUUUCCUCGCCGCAUCUGCCAUUUAUCUCAUGGGAAUGAUCCUACUUACGAUGUCAGUAUCAGUGCCAGGAUUGAAGCCACCUACCUGCGGACAUGGGAUAGCUGCAAAAGACUGUACCCUACAAGCUUCUAAAUUUCAAGUUGGCAUCUUUUACGCAGCACUCUACAUAGUUGCUAUAGGGACUGGCGGGACUAAGCCUAACAUAUCCACAAUGGGAGCUGAUCAGUUCGAUGAUUUCGAGCCUAAUGAAAAAAAACAAAAGUUAUCUUUUUUUAAUUGGUGGAGUUUUAGCAUUUUCUUUGGAACUCUUGCAGCAAACACAUUCCUUGUAUAUAUACAAGACAAUGUAGGUUGGGGACUGGGAUUCGGCGUACCCACAGUUGGAAUAGCUGUUGCCAUCGUAGUCUUCUUGAUUGGAACACCAUUUUAUAGGCACAAACCUGCCACUGGCAGUCCAUUUGCUAAAAUGUAUAAGGUUAUGACUGCCGCUUUACAGAAACGGAAAGUACCGUAUCCUAGUGACCCUAAAGAGCUUCAUGAGCUAAGCUUAGAUGAGUACACCAAGGGAAAAUUCAGAAUGGAACAGACCAAUUCAAUAAGGAUAUUUGAUAAGGCUGCUAUAAAGACUAACAACAAGGCGCAUAACCUUUGCACGGUGACGCAGGUGGAAGAAAUCAAACAACUAAUGAAAAUGCUACCGGUUCUGAUCACAACUUUCAUACCGAGUGUCAUGUACGCGCAGAUAAACACCCUUUUUGUCAAACAAGGCACGACUCUUGAUCGGAGAAUGGGUCCCCAUUUCAAUUUGCCUCCAGCAUGUAUGACAGCGAUCGUGACAAUUGCAAUGCUGAUUAGCCUUGUGGUAUAUGAUCGUUGCAUUGUGCCCUUUAUUAAACGGUACACCAAGAACGCUAGAGGGUUAUCAUUGUUGCAAAGAAUGGGAACUGGUUAUUGUUUCCACAUCCUUGUCAUGUCGGCUGCUGCUCUAAGUGACCGAAAGCGUUUGAGUGUGGCAAGGGAACACGGAGUUUUAUCCAAGGAUGAGACCAUCCCUUUGACCAUAUUUAUACUUGUUCCGCAAGCCGUAUUAAUGGGUAUUGCUGAUGCUCUAGUGUUAGUUUCACAGCUCGAGUUCUUUUAUGACCAAGCACCAGAGGGAAUGAAAAGCCUAGGAAGUUCAUAUUAUUCUACUAGCAUGGGAAUCGGACAUUUCCUUAGCAGCUUCAUCUUAUCCACAAUGUCACAACUUACCAAGAAAAGUGAAAACGAAGGGUGGAUAGUUAACAACUUAAACGUAUCGCACAUUGAUAACUACUACUGGUUUCUCGCAGGGUUAAACGUGCUCAAUCUAAUAGCUUUUCUGAUCGUUGCCAAGUUUUAUGUCUAUAGAGCUGACACAAUGGAGUUGAAAACCAACGAUAUGCAACAAGGCACAGAGAUGCAGGAGGACACUACUGUUCUUUCGGUAGAAAAAUAAGAUUACUAGUUAGGAAAUUAAUUAAGAGAUUGAUUUUGAUUAACUAGUUAAAGUAGUUUUCUUUCAGUUUCAGUUUUUGACAAUUUCGCGUCAGAAGAGA